GACAUUUGAAGGCUGGAGCUUAAGGAGAACAGAACAAUGGCAGCCAAACAGCAAGGCAAAAAGAAAGCCAGGGUUCCAAAGAGGAAGAACGUCAACAAGAAGCACCAACAAGCGAGACGGAAUUGGAAGAAGCUCCAGGCUCAAAAACAUAAGAAGAAGCAGCCUCAUUUGAAGCGUCAAGCCAAGAGGACCUCAGCCGCUAAGUCAAGGAGCAGUGGGCAGCCAAGAAAGAUCUGUUCCUCAAAGCUCUUUGCUUCCAAAAUUCUGCGACAGAUUCCCAAGGUGCGCAUGGAGGCCAAGGCCAGAGAUUUGAUAAAGACCUUGUUGGCGGACUUAUACAAUCAUGUGGCGACCCAAGUAGAGGCCUUGAGCCAGAAAGAGGAGCAGGCCCCCAUUAGUGGCGAUGAAGUUCAAGCCGCCUUGAAGGAGGCCAUGGAGAGGGAGUUGGCCAAGCACACGGCCGAACAGCCCACCGCCAUCCCCACCGAGUGCGCUUAGAGAACCAUAUCUCCCCUUCUCCAGCGGCGGCAAGAAGGGACAGGACCAAAGGUUGCCCUGAGAAGAUGCAUACAAUAUUCCAGAGACUUUAAAAAUAUACUGCUGCCUUCAUAAGUCCAAGAAAUCCUGUCGUUUACCACUUUAGAGAUCUUAUCGGACACCGGAUGAAGUGAAUUUGUAUGGAAAAGACAUGAAAGAGAUGGUUUUCAAAAAGAAAAGAACCACAAUUCCAGUAAAGCAGGAUUUUAGCAGCUUUUUUCAGUUCUUCCAAUAAAUCAGAAUUUUAGCAGCUUU